AUGGUGAAUUACCCAGGCUACAGUCUGCCCGGCGGCGUGGCUGCCUCCUUGCUCUUCCUUCUGCUGACUGUGAAGCACCCAGAUGACUUCAGAGUAGUGGGGCCUGCCCUUCCCAUCCUGGCCAAAGUCGGGGAAGAUGCCCUGCUAACAUGCCAGCUCCUCCCGAAGAGGACAGCGGCGCACAUGGAGGUGCGAUGGUACCGCUCCGACCCCGACACGCCUGUGAUUGUGCACCGGGACGGAGCCGAGGUGGCCGGGCUACAGAUGGAGGAAUACAGAGGCAGGGUGGAGUGGACAGAGGACAGCACUCACGAGGGAAGUGUGGCCCUGAAGAUCCACCAGAUCCAGCCAGGUGACGAUGGGCAAUACUGGUGCCGCCUCCAGGAAGGGGACAACUGGAAGGAAGCAAGCGUGCUGCUCCGAGUGGCGGCCCUAGGAUCUUCUCCAAACAUCCACGUGGAGGGGCCUGGAGAGGGAGGGAUACAGCUCGUAUGCACGUCCCAGGGCUGGUUCCCUGAGCCUGAGGUCUAUUGGGAGGCCACGUGGGGAGAAGAGUUGUUGAGUUUCUCUCAGAAUCACGUGCUGGGUGAAGAUGGGCUGUUCUAUGUGGAAGACACACUAGUGGUCAGGAACGAUACUUCAGAGACCUAUUCCUGCUUCAUCUACAACCAUGGCCUCAAAGAGGCCAAGGAGGCCACCAUUGCCCUGCCAGAGAAACUCCAGACAGAGCUGGCUUCCUCAAGGGUGAUUGGACCUUCCCAGCCCAUCCUUGUCCGAGUCGGAGAGAACAUAGAAAUAACGUGUCACCUGACACCUGAAGCUGACGCUCAGAGCAUGGAGGUGAGGUGGGUCCGGUCCCACUAUUACCCCGCAGUCCACGUGCAUGUGGGCGGGGCCCACUCGGCGGGAGAGCAGAUGGCGGAAUACAGAGGGAGGACUCUGGUGAUGAGAGAUGCCGUCCACGAGGGAAAGCUGACCCUGCGGAUACGCGAUGCUGGAACUUCAGAUGAUGGGAGGUACCGGUGCCUUUUUGGAAAAGACGGUGUCUACCAGGAGGCCCGUGUGGAUGUGCAGGUGAUGGCGGUGGGCUCCACCCCGCGGAUCACCCAGGAGGUCCUGAAGGAUGGAGGCUUGCAGCUGAGAUGUACAUCUGAUGGGUGGUUCCCACGGCCCCAGGUGCACUGGAGGGACAGAGGCGGAAGGGCUGUACCAUCGUUUUCCGAGGCCUUUCAUCAAGGGAGCCAGGGGCUGUUCCAGGUGGAGACGCUUCUGCUGGUCACAAACGGCUCAGUGGUGAACAUGACCUGCUCCAUCAGCCUCCCUUGGGGCGAGGAGAAGGCUGCAUGGUUUUCCCUCUCCGACUCCAGGAUAGCUCUGUUAUGGAUGGCCCUGCCCGUUCUGCUGCUGCCUCUUGCCAUGGCUAUGGACCUGCUGAAGGUGAAGCACCCUCGGAAAGACCAGAAACACCACAGCAAUCAGCAACAUCUCAGGAAUGAUGGAAGCCACACAAGGACUUCCCUCUGA